CGUAACACCUCCUAAGGUUUAAAGUUUGAAGAAUGGUAUACAAAAUUUAAUUAUUUCAGUACGAGAAUCAAGUGAAAAAUCUGCAGUGUCACGGGACUUCACGAAAAUGAGCAACUGAAGACGCUGUCACGCCUAGGAACAUCUAUGGGCCGUAAGAAGUGGUGGCGAGGAGGGUUGGAGCUACUGGUGCUCUGUGUCCUCAAUCGUGCCAUCCUGGGCUAUGGAGAAGUCGGUUGUCUCUUUAGCAAAAAUCUUUGUCAUGCAGAAAUUGAAAGCUGUUACAAUGAUUUGGCAUUUGGUCGGUGUAUACCGCUUUACACGGAUGAAGGGAUUGAAGACUUAUACCAAUAUGAUCUGGAGGUAAAGGAGCUGGAAUUAUUAAGAUUACAACUUGAAAGACUGGAAGCUGAUGGGUACCAGUGGCCUCAUCCAUACACGCAAUGUAUCAUGCAAACAUCCAUGUACAAUCUUCGUUAUAGAUUAUCCAAUGAUCUUAAUUUCUGCCGACAUUUAAGACUGCGAAAAGAUAGUCAUUUUAACGAAGAGAAUGCAGUAGAUGAUGGAAAUGGGAUAAGACCGCGAGCACAUCCAAAGUGGUCGAAUAAGGACCCUGAGGAGACGCAGAACCAGGAUGAGUAUACCGAGAAUGUCCCGAGAGACGAUUUUGUGAAUUCCUUGUCUGAUUUGAGUGGAAUAUACACAGAGGGUGGAAUCGUUUUGCCUUUGAGACAUGAUGAUAUUGCAGCUGAGGAAAUACGAAGUACACUGGAAGAAACUUUUAGAGUGAAUAUUAUAAGGGCAGGAAUUGGUGACAAGGCUAAACUGCCCGCAACGUUCGAGUUUCGCCGUGAAAUGAGUUCUAGUAUGUUUGGUGCCGUAAUAGCAAUGGCAACAGCUGCUGCAGCUGCCGCAUUUAUCGUGAUUAUGGCGAUUGCUCGACGCCAAGCUAAAUCACGUGCCAAACUUUCUGGCUUAACAGCGCCAGAUCCCGAGGCUUCUAAGGAUUAUCAAGAGUUGUGUAGAGCCCGUAUGCAUGCAAAGCAGCCAACUGAAAAAUCAGGUUCACCACGAGUUUUUCCAUUCAUAAGUCGUGUCAGCGAAUCUAAUAAUUCUCCGUCUAACCGUUCGAGUACUUCUUCUUGGGGCGAGGAGCCUGCACUUACAAACAUGGACAUAUCAACAGGACAUAUGGUUUUAUCAUACAUGGAGGAUCAUUUGAAGAAUCAGGAUCGUUUGGAUGACGAGUGGUUGGGCAUUUGUGCAUACGAGGCAGAACCAUGUUCAACUGCUGUUGCCAAAUUAGAACUAAAUGCUAAACUGAAUCGAUCUGGUGCCUCCAUACCGUAUGAUCACUCUCGACUAAUUUUGAAUGAUCUUGCAAAUAUAAACAAUUCUGACUACAUCAACGCUUCAACGAUUAAGUCGACUGAUCAUGAUCCUCGAAAUCCAGCAUAUAUUGCGACUCAGGGACCUAUACAGGAAACAGCUUCUGACUUUUGGCAGAUGGUAUGGGAACAAGGGAGUGUGGUCAUAGUAAUGUUGACUCGUCUGACAGAAGAGGGCAAGGGCAUGUGUUCUCGAUACUGGCCCGGUGAAGGUUCCGAACUUUACCAUAUUUACGAGGUCCAUUUAGUUUCCGAACACAUCUGGUGUGAUGAUUAUUUGGUGCGCUCAUUUUACCUUAAGAAUCUGAGGACCGGCGAGACCCGAACUGUGACUCAAUUCCACUUCCUCUCUUGGCCAGAAAACGGAAUUCCUCAUUCCACGAAGGCAUUACUCGAAUUUCGGAGGAAAGUCAAUAAAUCAUACAGAGGAAGAUCUUGCCCGAUAGUUGUCCACUGCAGUGACGGAGCUGGAAGAACUGGCACGUACUGUUUGAUCGACAUGGUGCUAAAUCGAAUGGCGAAAGGUGCUAAGGAAAUCGAUAUAGCUGCCACCUUGGAGCACAUCAGAGAUCAUCGACCUGGAAUGGUUUCUACCAAACAACAAUUUGAAUUCGUUCUUAUGGCUGUCGCCGAAGAAGUUCAUGCGAUCCUAAAAGCUUUACCUAUUCCACCUUCUGAAAAACCUCAAGCUGCUAUUACCAGUUCCACGCCUGCACUAUCUAAUUCC